AAAGUCUUAGAGAAUUUACUUCCGAUUUCCGCAUGAUGUGUCAAUAAAACAAAUAACUUCAUUCAGGGGAUGUGAAUGGGAUAUUGCUUGGAUAUCAUUCCCUACAGUGCGGUUCAAAUCUAAUCUGACAAAAUGGAUUUCUCUGGAAAAGAAAAGGAGGCUUUGGCCAUUAUGGCUGAGGCAGACAAGAAAAUGAAAACGUCGCAUUCGAUGUUUGGAACGUUUUUCGGGAGUUCCUCCAAGGUCGAGGAGGCCUGUGAAAUGUACGUGAGAGCUGCCAACAUGUUCAAGAUGGCAAAGAACUGGAGUGCCGCAGGAGAUGCCUUCUGCAAAGCUGCACAGCUGCAUUUGCGGGUGCAAAACAAGCACGACGCAGCCGUAAACUUUCUUGAUGCUGGUAAUGCAUUCAAAAAGUCUGAUCCUCAAGAGGCAGUAAACUGUUUCUGUCAGGCCAUUGACAUCUACACAGAUAUGGGUCGUUUCAACAUAGCAGCAAAACACCAUAUAUCCAUUGCAGAAAUCUAUGAAUCUGAGUUAUUGGACAUUGAGAAAGCCAUUUCUCAUUAUGAACAGGCAGCAGAUUAUUUCAAAGGGGAGUCGUCCACCAGUUCAGCCAACAAGUGUCUUCUCAAAGUGGCGAACUAUGCGGCUCAGAUGGAGCAGUACCAGAAAGCCAUUGAAAUAUAUGAGCAGAUUGGGACUUACGCCAUGGACACUACCCUGUUGAAGUAUGGUGCUAAAGACUAUUUCUUCAAAGCAGCGCUGUGUCACUUCUGUGUGGACAUGCUCAACUGCAAGCUGGCUGUACAGAAGUAUGAAGAACUGUUCCCAGCCUUCUCAGAUGCUAGAGAGUGCAGACUUCUUAAGAAACUUCUUGAUGCAUAUGAAGAGCAGAACAUUGAUGCAUACGCUGAUGCAGUAAGGGAAUUUGACUCCAUCUCCAGGCUUGAUCAGUGGCAGACCACUAUGAUACUAAGAAUCAAGAAGACCAUUCAGGACGAGAACGACGACCUUCGCUAAUGUGAAGUCAUGAUUCCAAGCACACCACCCAUUCUCCUGUCCAUCUUCUCUCUUAACUAUUAUUCCAUUCUCACAAUGUAUUUGUGUAAAUUAAGGUCACGUGCACUUUGUCUUGAGCCUUUUUCUCCCAAAUCCUACAGUCUUCAAGGAAAUAUAGCUUUUAUCUCCAAGAACACUGUGAAGUCUUCUAGAAUGACACUAGGUAGGAUUUAUGUUACAAGCUUUGACCAUAACUUCCUUUAGUUUUAAAUGUAACUGAUUAUAAAUGUGAUUAUUGUAUAUGUUACCAUUUUCGUCCAUGCUUGUGCAGCUUCAGUAGUUAUUUUAUUUAUCAUUCUUUUAUUAUUGGUUGUAAAUUAACUUUUGAUUGUCAUUUAUUAUAGAUCCAGCCGCAAGGCUUUGUAUGUGUCAACAUUAAUUAGUAGAAUUUAUUAUCAGAAUCAGAAAGAGCUUUAUUGCCAGAUAUGUUUACACAUACGAGGAAUUUGUUUUGGUGACAGAAGCUUAGUGAUAAUUAUUAUUAUCAGUGAUUAUAAUUAUUAUAAUUAAGUAUUUAUAAUUUGCGCAAAAUACUGUAACUAUGAUUAGCUAGAAUCAGCUGAGACAACACUAAUUGCCAUUAUCUUGUUUUCCUCUAUGGAGGACAUGAUCAAGAACUAAUUUUCUUCAGUUGGGAUAGUUCACCCAAAAAUGAAAAUUGUCAUUUACUCACCCUCAAAUUGUUCCAAACCUGUAUGAGUUUCUUUCUUCUGCUGAACACAGAAGAAGAUAUUUUGAAGAAUGUCGGUAACCAAACAGUUGAUGGACCCUUUUGACUUCCAUAUUCAUACUAUGGAAGUCCCAUCAUCUGUUUGGUUAUCGACAUUCUUCAAAAUAUCAUCUUUUGUGUUCAGCAGAAGAAAGAAACUCCUACAGGUUUGGAACAGCUUGAGGGUGAGUACGUAAUUUUCAUUUUUGGGUGAACUUUCCCUUUAAAAACUGAUUAAGAAUUAUCAUAAAUUGAUGAUUUUUCUGUUUUUUGUACCUAAACAUAGAAGAGUGAAUCUGUAUGAUGGUAAUUGCAGUAUUUUGAAGGACUGGAGGAUGUGAGGUUGUAUUAGUCCUCUCUCUGAAUGUGCAAUGGUUAACUGUGCAAUUUCUUUAUGAUGUAUAGUGAAUGAAAUAGUUUUUAACAACCGUUCGGACACAUUUCUCAAUACUUGAGUCACUUUUUCAAAACUCUUCACACAGUGAGCAUAACAUCAGUCUAUGUGGGCUAAACUGUGGAUCAAUAUUUUCUCACUUAGACAAACACUGCCAAAACUCUGAAGCCAAUUUGCAUGUUUACAUACUCUUUUCAAAACUGUUAAACCUAAGCUCAAAAGCUAACAUAACACAAAAAAAUAAAUAAGACAGCAAUUUUCUACAUUUCUACAGAAAUACCAUAUUGAAAUAUAUUCUGAAUCUAAAAAAUGAAAUUUUAUCAAAACAAUUAGAUGUAGCUGAACACCUACAGUACAUUGGUGUUAAGGGCCGUUCACACAGAACAUGUUUUUGCUCUAAAAAACACGAGAUGCAUGUCAGAGAUGUGCAUUUUAAAAGUUGAACAUAUAUAAACUUGAUAACCGUGUUUUUAGAUCGGCGUAUCAUGCAGUUAAAUACUUCCAUCUAGUGCGUUUACAUAGAAGAACGGUGGAAAAGUAGCGCAGUAGAAUGGAAAAUCAUUUGGACACUGCAAUGAAUUGAAACACUUGAGAGAUGUCAUUCCUGUUUUGUUAAGAAAUUUUUACAAAAGAAAAUGUGUAAUGCUACCUUUUGCUAGUGAUUUUUAGGUUGUCGUUUCAUGGGUGACAAAGUGUGUUUGUUUACUAGUGUUAUGAAAGAAUGACUUGAUCUGAGACAUGUAUGGAGUGUUUUGUGUAGUUUUAGUGUAUUUCGAAUGUGAAAUUAACUGCUGUGCCAAGCUGAAUGUUGUUUUGGACAACUGUGUGAAGGGUUUUGAAAAAGUGACAUAAGUAUUGAGAAAUGUGUCCUAGCGAUUGUAAAAAAAAAAAAAAAAAAAAACCUUACUUGAGGAACCAGCUUGCCAAAAAGUUGUCCUAGUUUUUCUUAAGCUAAUAUCAUGCUGUUUAAUUUAUUGAUGUUAGAGUACUCAAAAAACACUCAAAUUAUUUAGCCUGUUUUUUUAAGAUUACACAUUUCAAUUAAUAGUAAAAUUCCAUCAAAUUGAAUUGAAUAAUCCUUACAUAUUGUUCAUAUUAUGAAUUAAUAAUUUUAAAUGAGUAAAAAAAAAAAAAAACUAGAGCUUAAUAAAACAUUUUGUUGAACAAGGGAAUGGAUGGUUUAGUUUAUGUGAUUCAUAUUCUAUUUAAAAAAAAAAAAAAAAAAAAAUGAAAAUAUGUUUAAAUUUAGGAAUAUGUAUCAAAAACUAAGUGGUCCAUUCCCUUUUUCUAUUAAGAUUUAUACAAAAUAUUUUAUUCAUCUUUUUUUUUUUUUACUAAUUUAAAAUUCUUAAUUUGUAAUAUGAAUAAUAUGUAAGGAUUAUUCAAUUCACUUUGACGUAAUUUUACUAUUAACUGAAAUUCGUAAAUCUUUAAAAAAGGCUUUUUUUUUUGAGUGCAGGAUCGUAUUGUUUACGUUAAAUGUUUUUCGUGUUGACAAUUUCAUCUACAUACACAUUGAUGCUUACGACUAAUUAUAUACCAAUACAGGACCUUGAGCAUGGAAAAAAAGCAUGGCAGAAUAAGCUUAAUGUAACAAAAAAAUGAAGUAUAACACAGUACAAGGUGUUACAACAGUCGAAGCAUGCAUGUAUUCACCAAAGCUGUUAUGUUAAACUGAUUUAAAAAGCGAAUAAAUGAUAUGAUUCCCCAUAUAA